AUGAGAAUAGGAGCUAAUGGGGGGGGGGACUGGCCCCUCUCCCUGAUGGUGGGUACACCAGGGGUCCCGCGAGUCCCAGUAAAACCCUCCUGCGAGCGGGCUGGUAGAUCCAAGACCCCCUCGAAGCUGAUUCAGACAAUGGGAAUGGCCCCCAUUGUCCCGGUCGGAGACCGAGGCAAGGACUUUGAGAAGCCCUGCAACCUCGAAUCGCUGGUGCUUUAUAUCUUCAACAGCAAAGGAUUCAUCGUCUUUAGUUCUUUGAUAUUCUUUCUUGUUGUCAUAAUCCUUGGGUUCAUGGUAUUCAUGGCUUGGAGACUUUCACACCAGAAACUUGAGAUCCAAAGAUUCCAAAUCCCGGCGAAUAUCUCUUCCGGUUGUGAAUGGAAGAGAAAAGAAACAAUAUGGUUGGCUUCCAGGACCUCGCGCCCGCUCCUCACCCUCUGUCCCAGUGCCGGCGAGUAUGAGGGGCGGGGAGAGAAAGUCCGAUAUCUAUGUAACGCUUCCCCUUUUUCAGGGAGGGUCCUGCGUUCCCAGAAGUAG